CGAUGGCAAGAAUUUCUUAUUCAUUUUUUUUUGUAAUUUUUUUUUCGUUCGAAUUCGAAAUUCAUCAUCAAGUUCAUCGAUCGUUGGAUAGAUGUCGUUGUCGAUCAAAAAUUUGAUGCACGUGUCACAUAUGUUUAUUCUGGUGUGAUUUUUCAUUUUUAAAGAAUUUUAGGAUUUUAAAUUAAUUAAUUUUCAAAUUUAUUUGAUUCGAAUCGAAUCGAUUAACAAAAUGUUAGCUGAACGUAAACAAAAAGUAAUUUAUUCAAAUCCACGUGGAACAUUAUGGGCGAAUGAUAAACAAAAAUUCGGUCAACGAAUGCUCGAAUCGAUGGGCUGGCAAGAAGGUCAAGGAUUGGGAAAAGAUCAAACAGGCAUUACAGAAAGUAUCAAACCUAGUUUCAAAUUCGACAACAAAGGUCUUGGUUAUAAAACAAAAUCCAAUGAUUGGAUUGAAGAUAAUAAUGUUUAUGAACAAAUAUUAUCCGAUCUAUCCAAAUAUCAUAAACCACCGAAUAAUUCAGAUGCGAAGAAAAAUGAAAUCAAAGAUCUUGAGAAGAAAACCAAAUCCAGUAAUCGAUUACAUUAUAGGAAAUUUAUAAGAGCGAAAAAUCUUUCAAUAAAAUCAGAACAAGAUCUUUUCUGCAUAUUUCCAACCGUAGCCAAAGAGAAGAAGAAAAAUUCUAAUGAUGAAGAAUUAACAAUGAUGAAACGUAAAUCAUCGGAGAUCAUUUCAAAUUCCAAUGACGAUGAUGAUGAACAUACGAUCUGUUUACGCAGUGAUAAAUGUGUUAUGAUAGGCCAAUAA